UCUUGUUUGUUUGCAUUGCUUGCACACACCAUCAACAUCAACCACCUUGUUCUCUCUCUUGCUUGCUUGCUUGCCCAUCCAUCCCGUUCAUCAACCCACCCUCCCUGAUCAGCUGAUCAGCGCCGUCAGCCAUGUCUUCCGAGAAGGCCAAGCAACCACCAACUCGCCCGCCCCCACCUGCUGGGCACGCGACAACGACGCCGUCAUCGCCUUAUCCUCCUCAGGCACCGCCACAGCAGGCGCCACCGCCUUCAUACGCUCCGCCAGCAGGACCCUAUGGCCCCGCAGCAGUGCAGCCGAGCGGCCCCGCUGGUGUGCACAUCACGUACACGGGCGCAAGCCAAUUCCCGCCCCUGCCGCGCGAAGCAGGCGUCGUUGAGCAUGCGCUGCGGCAGCAAGGCCCUUCCCUACAGGCCCGCGCUGACAAAGCCCUUGGGCAGCACGUCCCUCUCGUGGUCAACCUCGACGCCAUGCUCGCCUGCUGCCAGUCGCCCCAGACGCGCCUGUUUGUGAUCGAGAACGUGUUCCAACGAGCGCUGCCCAAGUUCGUCGAGGCACUGGAGGAGGCUUGUGCGGACGAGCUUGUGCGUGCAGACAUCCAAGCACGCAUUGGCGGCGGUGUGGAGCUGCAGAACACGUGUGCAAAGCCACCCACCAAAGGGACAUCGCUGCUUGAGAACCGGCUGGUGUACAUGGGCACGUUUGAAGCCGUUGCUGGCUUUUUCACCACCAAGGAGUGGAAGGACUUCUUCGAGGCAAACUUCUAUGCCAAGGAGCGGUACCUGCUUGGUCGCCUGCGCAACGAGGUUGUGCCAGCACUGCAGCACCAGCUCGACUCGCGCUUCAAGCGCCACGUCCCCAUCGUCUUUGACCCUUACGCAAUCGUCUCGCCGCUUGUCGGACGCGAGCGCCUUGAAACGGCCCGCCUGCUGUCUGAGGAUGCCGGCUUUGAGCGCGUUGGCCGCAAGUUUGCACAAUCCGUCGACAGCUGGUUUGGAUCGAAGCCAGAUCCGCAGAACAAGGACCCCGUACGCAGCCAGAAUGUGCUUCUUCCGCUCGUCACUGCCGUCUGCGAGUGCAUUGACGCCGAUCCGUCCAACCCAACGCUCGCCAAGCUCUCAGCGAUUGAGGUGCGCUCGUGCGUUGAUCUGGCAGCAAAGGCCGUGUUCAUCGCCGACAGCAACAACGCAAACAUUCCACCAUCCGCCAUGCACGGCCCAAACCCGCCGUCGUCGUUUAAGCUCGUGUAUGUCGGCGCCUUCAACAAGGGGUUGACAGGUCUCAUCUCAACCAAGGACAUCACAGCCCUGCUCGAGGCUGCGACGCGUGCUGAGGAGCGUGGUCUCAUGCACACGCUGAUUAACGAAGUGGCCGUUGAGCUCCAAACCGAACUCUCGCAGCAGCUCCAGCACCCGGUCUCCGUCGAGUUUGGUUGGGACACCAUCUACCCACACCAUCUCUCGGCUUCGCAGCGCCACGACGCAGCGCUCACACUUGGCGGCAACAAGAGCAAGAACGUGCUUCGCCCAAUGAUCAACGGCUUCAAGGACGUCUUCCGCACGAACCCGGAAGCCAUCAAGUCCAUGCAGUUUCUGCAUCGCAUCAUCAUCAACUCGUCUGAGGAUGCCUCCAGGCCAACACUGGAGAUCACGCAGGAUGGCGGGUCUGGACAGCAGGCACUCGUGUACACAGCCGGCUUGCUGCAAGGGCUGAGCGGGUGCUUUGACAAGCACCGCUUCAAGCAGCAGGUGCGCAUGCUGUACGGGCUCCAAACGCCAAAGGAGGACCGGGGCAUUGGCGGUGCACUGCAAUCAGUCGCCGGCGGCCUCGACCGUGCGGGCGACAAGCUUGGCCGCGCCUUCAGGAAGUUUGGCUUCUGAUGCUGAUGGUUGGUGACGGGAUGUGCGUGUGAUUGUGUUGUUGUUGUUGUGUCUGUCGUUAGAUGGAAGGACAACACCAAACAAGUUGGUUGGUGCUCGUUUCGUUCGUUUUGUUGUGGUUGUGGACGAUCCAUAAAAGAUUUCCGUUGGAA